GACAAACGUAAUGCUCAAGACCGCCCUAAGACUAAACAUGCUCUUCCUGGCCACGAUUCUUGGGUCUUAGUCAAGACGAAGCUCGGCCGCCGUUUCGUGCAUAAUACCAAGACGCGCGAGAGCUUGUGGAGAGUACCGCAGGAUGUCUGGCCUGCGGUUAAGGAGUUCGAGCAAUGGGAAAGGGCGCAGCGCGAGAAAGAUGCAAACGCGAAAUGGGCGGAGCAGGAACUCGAGAAGAUGAGGGACAAGAGCAAAGCUGGCGAGCACGUGGUUAAGAUUCUCGAACCGAAGGUUGGUGACACCGGAUAUGACAGCGAUGGGAGCUACGAAUACAUCGAGGUCACGGACACGGAACGUGAGAGUGAAGGUGAAGACCACAAGAAUGAUGCACCCACGAUCGCAAACGGCCAGGCUGCACCCGUGGAAGAAGAGGUGGAGGACACCGAACCAGUGGAGUUCGGCGAGGACGACAUCGCCUAUCAACUUGCCGCUAUGGGCCAAGACUACGGCCUGGAGCCCGACGAAUACGGUGACGAGGAAGACGACCAAACUGAACAGGAGGAAGGACUUGCCAUCUCUGAUGAGGACGCCAAAUACCUCUUCCGUGACCUUCUUGACGACUACCGCAUCUCUCCUUUCACGCCCUGGGAUCGUCUCAUCGCCGACACCAGCCCAAACAGUAUCCUGAACGAUGACCGCUACACCGUCCUGCCCACCAUGCGCGCAAGGAAAGAAGUCUGGGACGACUGGGCGCGGGAGAAAGCGGCGCGGAUCAAGGAUGAGAGAGCGAAGAUGGAGCAGCAGGAUCCUCGUGCACCGUACCUUUCAUUUCUGGCGGAACAUGCGACGCCGAAACUGUACUGGCCUGAGUUCAAGCGGAAGUGGAAGCGCGAGCCUGUGAUGAAUGAGAGGAAAAUGGCAGAGAAGGAUCGGGAGAGGCUGUAUCGCGAUCACGUUGCUCGGCUGAAGCUCCCGGAGACCACGAGAAAGGCUGACCUGAUUAACUUGCUCAAGAGCAUUCCCAUUCCCGAGCUGAAUCACUCUACCAGUAUGAACGCACUGCCACAACAGCUUCUGAGCCAUCUGCACUAUAUCAGCUUGCCAGCGCCGACUCGCGACAGCAUUGUCAAGGCGCAUUCGGCUGGCCUGCCCGCGGCGCCGUAG